UAACCGCGAAAAUCGAAAUUCGUCAAUUGCGGGCAUUUUUCUGUCACUCUAAUUACGUCUUAGUGGGAGUAAAAGAGAAAGAACCCCGCAAUUUGCGAAUUCCGGUUUUCGCGGUAGGCCCCCUGCACUUUCAUACGCUAUGAUUACUAUUACAAACUAUUUAUGCUUGCGAAGCAUCUGCGAAGUAACUUGAACCGGUACUCGGUAGUUACACCCGUCACGAAACCCGAGACGGUACGGAAGUUUGCCCUCCUCACCUCCCCAUCCCACUCCAUCACCAUGCGACAGACAGGGACGCUGGCACGACACGACGCGAUAACGCACGACCGUCCUACGAAUCCACUCGAACGCCAGUGACGGGCCGUCUUUUCAACUGUAAACAAUCAUUCUUGCGCGUUCAUUUUACGUUAAAAAUGCCUAAAUUCUACAAGCCAAGAGAUUUUAAAUACGAUGUAGUUGAAUUAAUUCGUGGUGUCGAAUUAAGACCAUGCCUAUGGGAUAAAACAUUGGAAAACUAUAAGGAUAGAAUAGAAAGAAGGCACGCUUGGGAGGAAAUUUUCGCGUCUUUGGAUGACAAAUACGAAAGUAUGACGCCCGAGGAAAAACGGAUUACGGGUGAACACAUCUUAAACAAAUGGACAAACAUUCGCGACACCUUCGUCAAAUCUCUCAAAGUCAAAAUGGGGAAGCCAAAGAAACGAUAUCUCCUCUACAAAAACUUAUCAUUUCUGUUAAAAGUUAUCGACGUCCCAGAAGAAGAGAUUAACACUAACUUUACACAAGAAUCCAGCGACGAAUCUAACGAGGUACCUGUAUCUUACCUCAAGCAGGAACCAGAAGAAACCUACACUCCCAGAAAGAGAAAGAAGGUAGAUUAUAACGAAGAAUACGUGGUGCCUACAAAAGAGCCAGAGAAAAGUUAUGAUAACGGUAUAGAUUUCGUAGAAGUUGAAGAUAACGAGGCUAGAGUUAUGAAUGAAGAUGAGGCGUUUUUCGCUUCGCUGUUGCCUACUGUGGUGAAGUAUAGUGAGGAUGAGAGACUGGAGUUCAGGAUUGAGGUGUUGGGGGUUAUGAAGAAGAUUAAGGAUAAGAGGAAUAAUUGGAGUGAUCAAGUCUGAUGAAUAACGAUAAGGCUGGGAUCACUGAACAAACGUGAAUUGAAAUAUGAAGAACUUUGAAUGCGGUUUUAAUAUCAAAAAGAAUUUGAAAUAGAGGUGGAUUGUCAAAUAAAACUUUGUAGCCACAGUAAAUUUACCGCCAUUUUUAGACACAUUAUUAAAACUUUUAGGACGCCAUUUGACUUUGAUCCUUAUUCUUUCACUGAUAUUGUUAAAUAUCAAAAAGUGGCGCCUUCUAAUAGAUCAAAGGCCGAAGGUAUGCCUCCUCGUUUCGAGCGAUGGCGCCACAAUCUUUAGCCGAUGCCCGGUAAGAUGGCGCCACUUUUUGACAUUUAACAAAUUUAACACAUAUCAGUGAAAGAAUAAGGAUCAAAGUCAAAUGGCGUUCUAAAAGCUUUAAUUUUGUGUCAAAAGAGGGCAGUAAAUGUACUGAGGCUACAAAAUUUUCUUUGACAAUCCACCUCUAUUUCAAAUUGCCUUUGGUAAUAUGUAGGUAGUAUGUGCCUAACAUUUUAUGCAUUAAGCAAAAAAAUAUACAGAAGUACAUUUAUGUUCUCGACUAUGUCAAAGGACACUUGAUGGAGGAAUCCAAGGCGACUUGUAAAUAGUACUUAAAUUACUUUACAGUACAUAUGGCGCUACUUUACCGCCCUAGUGCGGUAACAAUCACUAUCCGUGCGUAUAUCGAAAAUUUAAAGAGCCAUAUGAACUGUAAAACGUUCUACAAUUAAUACACAUGCGAAAAGGUAAUUCGCAGCGUGUCGAUUUAAAACACUCCCCUCGGUCGUGUUUUAAUUUAUCGAAACUAGUUAAAUUUCCUACUUGUCACACUUGUGUCGUAAUGUACUAUUACGCCAUACCAUGGGGCCGAUUUUUUAAUUUUCACCGCUCGAUUUCGUGUAUUUCGUUCAAUACUAUCUCCACUACCAGGCAUUUACAUUCUAAUUUGUUAUUGAAAGCGAGUGGUCAAUGCCACUUAGAUUCCCAAUUUCUAUAGCUCGUAAGGUCAGGUAGGGGAAGUGCGCCAUGCCGUCUAAGUGCGCCUACCUUGAAUAUAUCGAAAACUGCUUAUAUAUUACUAAUAUUACUAGUAUUCUACAACACUCUUAGAGUCUAAGUCAUCACGUCACGUCAAGUCGGAACAAUAACAGUCAUCGAUAUAUUCAAGGUAGGCGCACUUCGCCUACCUAUUUCUAAACAGCAUUUCACCGUUUUCAAUAGGUUUUCGAGUGAUGGAAUCGAGACAUACAAUUUCACCACCAGCUCUUAAAGGUUCUCUUUAUGUCAAAAACAGAUGAGAAAAUUGUAUUUUAUCCACAAGUGGUAAUAGUUAUUUGUUCAACAAGAGAGUAAAGUUGUUUUUUCUUGCGAGUGUAUAUUUUGAGUCCCGAGUAAGCGAAAGAACCUAUAAUAGAAUCACGAGCGAAGCUAGUGAUUCUAAGUUAGAAUCUUGAGCGUAACGAGGGACUCAAAAACACGAAAUUUUUUUUUUUAUACUACGUCGGUGGCAAACAAGCAUACGGCCCGCCUGAUGGUAAGCAGUCUCCGUAGCCUAUGUACGCCUGCAACUCCAGAGGACUUACAUACGCGUUGACGACCCGAAACCCGC